AAAACGGCGAAAUGCAGUGGGCCUUCUCGCAGGUGAAGGGCACACUGGAAGAUGACUUUACCGAGGCCGACCUAAUCUCCUGCGUAGAGUUUAACUCUGAUGGAAAGCUGCUCGCAUGCGGCGACAAGGGCGGUCGCAUUGUCAUCUUUCAGCGUGCCAAUGGCGCUCGAAAGGGCUCCAACGAGUACGACCUCUACUGUACCUUUCAGUCGCACGAGGCGGAGUUCGACUACCUGAAGAGUCUGGAGAUUGAGGAGAAGAUCAACAAGAUCAGCUGGCUGAACUCGGGCAAGAAUGCCGCCCACUUCAUGCUGACCACCAAUGACAAGACCAUCAAACUGUGGAAGCUCUCGGAGAAGGACCGGCAGAUGGAGAAGCAGCUGCAGCUCUCCAAUGGCGGCGGCGGCAGCAUCAUUGGCGGCAGCAGUGAUACGAACAACUCGCUGGACGUCGACCUUGCCGGCGGCUCCUCUUCCACCUCCUCCUACGAGCUGGAGAGCUCGCUGAGGCUGCCGAAGUACAUCUCCAUCGACCCGAUGGUGCAGCCCAGCCUCCGGCGGCAGUUCUCCAACGCUCACUCCUUUCAUAUCAACUCCAUCAGCGUGAACAGCGACCAGGAGACGUACAUUAGCGCCGAUGAGUUGCGCAUCAACCUCUGGAAUCUGGAGGUCACUGAUGAGAGCUUUGUGAUUGUCGAUAUCAAGCCGUCGAACAUGGAGGAGCUGACGGAGGUGAUCACCGCCGCCGAGUUUCACCCACAGCACUGCAACAUCUUCGCCUACUCGACGAGCAAGGGCGCCGUGAAGCUGUGCGACAUGCGGGCCGCCGCUCUCUGUGACCAGUAUUCCAAGAUCUACGAGGAGGUGGACGAGAACAGCUCCUCCUUCUUCUCCGAGCUCAUCUCGCUGGUGUCUGAUCUCAAGUUCACGCAGAACGGCCGCUACAUGGUCACCCGCGACUACCUCACGGUGAAGGUCUGGGACCUGAACAUGGACAAGAAGCCGGUGGAGACGUACUACGUGCACGAGUACCUGCGCAAUAAGCUGUGCAGCCUCUACGAGAACGAGUACAUCUUCGACAAGUUUGAGUGCUCCAUCGGCAACAAUGACAACUUCAUCAUGACGGGCUCGUACAAUCUCUUCAAGAUCAUUGACCGCCAAAAUCGUCGCGAGCAGAUGUUUGAGGUGAACAAGGACGUCCUUCGCCAGCGGUACCUCAGGCCGCGAAAGGUAACCACCAUGUCGGAAAAUCUGAAGAAGAAGACAAAGAAGGACGAGAUCAGCGUGGACAGCAUCGACCUGAACAAGCGCAUCUUCCACACCGCCUGGCACCCGCAGGAGAACAUCAUCGCCGUCGGCUCCACAAAGAACCUGUACCUCUUCAAUGGGUGCUAA